GUGGUCUGUAUACAGAGUAUCAAAUGCUGUCCUGUUUUCAGCUUGAACUGCCAACUUUUUGACGAGAGGUGAGGUGAGGUGUCAGAGGUGAUAGCCAUGUUUCUUGUGGGUUUGACUGGAGGCAUAGCAUCGGGGAAGAGCACCGUCUCCAACAUGCUCAGGGAUCUGGGUUGUGUCGUCAUCGAUGCUGAUGAAAUCGCCAGAGAAGUUGUGGAACCUGGUAAACCAGCUUUGGAGCUGAUUGUCCGUCACUUUGGCCAGUCCGUUCUUCAAGGAGAUGGAACUCUGGACAGGGCUAAGCUUGGAUCGAUCAUAUUUGCUGAUUCAGAGAAGCGGAAGGUACUGAACCGCUGCACCCAUCCAUACAUACAACGGACUAUGCUCUGGAGAGUACUCAAAAGCUUCCUGUCUGGAUACCAUUAUGUCAUAUUGGAUAUACCUCUUCUCUUGGAUGGAAGUGCUCUCAGAAGGUUCAUCAAAUAUGUCCUGGUAGUAUAUUGUGACGAAACAACUCAGCUGGAUCGUCUUAUGGCCCGCAAUGAUCUCACACAAGAGGGCGCCCUUCAAAGAAUCAACUCCCAGGUGCCUCUAGAAAUGAAGAAGAAACAAGCUGACUUUGUGAUCGAUAACAAUAAGAGUUUGAAUGACACAAAACAGCAAGUUCUCAGACUCUUUGAGACAUUAGAGGGAUCUUAUGCUCAUUGGAAACUUAGAAGUUUACUUUUGGCGAGUAUAGUGUUACUUCUUGGGGGCUUUACGUACUUGGUCCAUUCGUUGUUAUGAUCAUUGUGGGGUUUAAAGAGGAAUCCAACCCAAAUAAAAACUUGUUUUUAUAAGAAAAGGAAAAAUCAAACAAGUUGAUUGGUGAAAGUUUGAACAAUAUCGGACAAACAAAAAGAAAGUUUUGAUUUUUUAAAAGUUGUAAAUAUUGGUAAUCACUAUACCCAUGGAGACUUCAAAUUGGCCGCAUCUGGGAUGUAAUAGUGAUUUAAGGCAAGGACUACUCUUUCAUGUACUCCAAUACAUAUUAAGGCUAAACUGUCAUUUUCCCCAAGGUUUUAUUUCAAAUUAUAUUUUUCUUUCAUGAGGACAUAAAAUAAUAUACUACCUGGGUUAUAUUUAGAUUACUGCCCCAGGGGAAUGGGUACUUAGGAAAAAACCACAAAUCCCUGAUAAUAAAGUACAUGGCCUAUGGGGAAAGUUGUCAUUGCCCCUUGUCAUAAUUUACUUACCAAGUUGCCAAUUUGAAAUCUACAUACUAUUAGUGAUCUCAAUUUUAAAACAGCUAUAACUUUCUUAUUGCUUGUCCGAUUUCUUUCAAACUUUCACCAAUCUGUUUAAUUUAUUUUUCUCCUUCCCAACACAACAUUUUAUGGCCAAUGCAUAAGUUUGGACAAUACACAUUUCAAGUUUUCCAUUAGAACUCAGUUACUUGAACUUGGGAAUGCAAAUGGUCUAUUUUUAUAAGAUUUGAUAAUGAUAAGUACAUUAUGUUUACUUUCUGGAUAGGUUUGAGGGGAAUGGAAGAGAAUUGAAGACUGUUUAAAGGUUCAUGUAACCAUGCUCCAGUAUUUUUGCCUAUCGGUCUUUAUAGUAUGAAAUAUUAAGCAUGGAUCCAAUCUGUGUCUCAAGAAAUCUGUUCUUUACUAUCAUUAUGGGUGCGUCGUGGUCUAGUGGUUCUGACUCUUGCCUUUGAAACAGAGGGUUGUGGGUUCGAUUCGUAGCCAUGGCGUGUUUUCCUUCAGCAAGAAAUUUAUCCACACUGUGCUGCACUCGACCCAGGUGAGGUGAAUGGGUACCCGGCAGGAGUGAUUCCUUGCAUGCACUGAGCGCCGAUGAUGGUAGCUCGAGCUAAAGCCGGGGUAAUAAUAGCAGCGCUUUGUAUCCUCUGGCAAAAAGCGCUUUAUAAAUCCAGCUAUUAUUAUUAUCUUCAUUUAGUGAUUGGAAAACGAUGAUGAUGAUGGUUAUUGAUGAUCAUGGUGAUAAUGAUAGCAAUAAAAGUGAUUUCAAACAAUGAAAAGAGUGAUACUUCUGGGCCCUGUCUUACAAAGAGUUACGAUUGAUCUAAUCAAUCUCAACUGUAUGGAAAUCCAUCCAUACCAUAAUUGUUUCUACAGGAUAUUUGCACAAUGUCCUUUAAUAAACAAAGAGAAUCACACUUAGUCUUCAAGAGAACUAUGAAUGCAUGAAUAUACAUCAUAGUUGAAAAAUAUUUUGAACAAACAUGAAUAAUAGGUGUUGAUGUUGCUGGCCGUCCAUAGUUGUGAUUGAUCAGACCAAUCACAACUCUGAUUUGUCAAUUUCAGAUUUUAUCUUAUUGAAUCAUUUGUAUCAUUUUGUAGUACUCUGCAAUCAUACCUUGAUAUCAUAGCUUCUAUGAAGUGCUAUACUAUCCAAGCUACUAACCCCCAAUGCCUGAAAAUACCCUUAAAUAAUUAAGGACAUCAUUAGGUGGUUUCAGACCGCCUCGAAGUUCGCUAGUUCCAGGUAUUCUCUGAUCGGGAAAUUUACCCCGAUCAGAAAAUACCAGGUAUUUUGGCGGUCUGAAAGCAAACUACGCGUAAUAUCCCCGAAAGAAAAUACCCGAUAAAUAGUAGGUACUUGGCGAAAUUACGAGAACUUUCGCGGGGAUUUUUCCAAGGUCGUGGGUAUUUUGGCGGUCUGAAAGCAAAUUACGGGAACUUUUAGCCCAGCGUGUCGUUGGGUGCGGCGCCGUGCAUGGGUUCCUGCUGGGCUAGUGAUUUUGAAUUUCGCGCCUUGCUGCUUAUCAGACCAUACUGCGCAUGCUCGUAACUUCAGGAAUUUAUCCCGAAGGGUAUGUUUCAGGGCGGUGUGAAUGCAGGAAUAAUUAAUGGGUAUUUUUCAGCCUAAAAAAGUUCUCGUAAUUUAACGGGGAUUCUUGUGAUCGAGGCGGUUUAAAACCACCUAUUAUAUUCAAGUCCCUCUCCUCUUAAUAAUACCUGUCCAAGGCCCCUUUAUAACAAUAAGCUUAGCGUUUGAUUGUAUUGUUGACUUGCAUGCUAGCUCUCAUUGAUCAGUACAUGUAUGUGCAAUCAAGCAUACAUUACUAUGCAAUCAAUCACUAGCCGUUUUGUGUAAUACAGCCCCAAGGAUCUCUUUCUGUCAUUUUCCACUUAUGUUUUGACUGAAAGCCCUGGCUUUGUGUAUUAUGGAAAAUAUCAUUUAAAUGUGUAUUAUACCGGUGCUGUUAUUUGAUUAUAAUAUUAUAAUACUAUCAUUUGUUUAAUUUUGUAAUUUACUAUUAUUGAAUACAUGUACUUUGAUCUGAGGAGUCCACAAUUUACAAGGAUAGCUUUCCAUGUCCAACGUUGAUAUAUGCUAUUUUAAGCUACAACUUUCAUGAUCCAACUGAUAUCGUGAUAUUUUGCAAAUUGUUGUUUAUUACUUAAAGUUGUUUAUUUUAACUGCAUUUCUAUGGCAUUUGGACUGUUCUGUCGGAAAUGAGAAAAAAAUAAAAAUAAACUGAUCGGAACUUAACAUGUAUAAAGCUCUGUGUGAUAUAUAGGACAUAACCUGUAUUUAUUUCUGUAUAAUCUCAAUGCAAUAUGUAGGUCAUACUAUAAUUUUAAGCAAGAAAUAAUAUACAAAUAUACCAGGCGUUGAGUUAGUAUAGCGGGAAUUAUUUGUCAGAGGUUGGCAUUACUAUUUUUCCCAAGGGGCAAAGCCCCGAGGGAAAAAUAGUGAUUUUGCCAGUACAACUGAGGAUGAAUAAUUCCCUCUAUACUUUCGAAAUAAAGGCCUGGUAUAUUUGUUUUAUAUCCUACUUUAAUAAGUUAGAGCAAUAGAUCUUGAUAAUCUAUUUCUUGUACUCUUAGUUCAUCUUGUUUAAUAAAUCUGCACCAAACCAGCCGCGCUGACUGACAUACUUUUCCUGAAGUGCUUAGCUACGCGCUCAGUGCGCGGAAUAGUCGACUAUUCCAUCAUUGACGUCACGGAAUAGCACAUUUUCUUCGGUGGGCGUUUCAUUUUCGACAUCAUCGCAAAAUAGUGAGAAUAUGUUUGGUCACAUGAUGCUAUUUAAACCAAUCAGCAUACAAGAUUCAAUGUAGGAUAUAAUAUCUUUUAAGAACUAUAGAAGCCAACUGGCUAAUAACUCACAGUACGCUAUGCAUAUGUAGGCCUUCCAUAAGUUGGAUAAUCGCCUAAACUCAAAGCAUUAUUUUCAGACUAGAAUAUGCAAAAUGCGUGUUAAUAUGAAUGGUGUUGGUGUUAGGUCAAUUUUUACACGAUUAUAACACCAAACAUAAAAUGAAGAUGGUCCCAAAAAGUCACUCAAUAGUUGUUGAGAUGUCAAAGGGAUCUGGAUCAGUUUUACAAACUCUGAAUAAGUUUUGGAGCUAGGGGAAGCAAUCUAAAUUUAAACACCAAAGCCAACACCAGACUUGAAAUCACCCAAUGUCCAUGGAGCUCGUUAGUAGCUCCAUUGAAUGUCUAAAUUACGCCUCAGAAAGAUUUCUGUUGUGCCAAGAGAGUAGAUGUAGGCAGUCACCAGGGCCGCGUCUUACAAAAAGUUACGAUUGAUCCAAUCAAUCGUAGCUCUAUGGAAAUCCAUUGGUGUCAUAAUUUUUUUUCUAACAAGAAAUAUUGUCUCAUUUGCUUAUUAUUACAAGCACUAUUAUAUAAAUACAUUUUAUAAUAACUGAUGAUAUGAUACCAUAUCUAUGUGGUAUGUGUUUAGGCUUGGAUAAUCAAAAGGAAAUCGUUAUUGUGAUACGAAAUUUGAUUUGGCAUGGGUGCAAUAAAUGAGUCCAGAUGCCAGUGAAAUCUAUUGGUGUCAUAAUUUUUUUUCUAACAGGAAAUUUGCACAAUUUCCUUUGUAAACAAAGAGAUGCACUGUGAACUUUCAAGAAAACACUGAAUGCAUUGAAUAUACAUCAUAAUUUGAAAAUAUUUUGAACAAACAUGCAUAAUAGAUGUUGACGUUGCAGAGUUGUGAUUGAUCAGAUCAAUUGCAACUCUUUGUAAGACGGGGCCCAGAAGUUAUAUUUCGUACAGGUAAGAAGGUGCCUUGUAUGUGAGUUAUAUUUUGUAUACAUGAAAUAGGCGUUUUCAUUGAUCAUUGAAUUGAAAUAAAUAAUAUAUUUUAUACACAUGAAA